CUGCAUCAACCCGGCAUACAGCAGCAGCAGCAGCAGCAGCAGCAGGCUGGGCUUAGGGAUCUAUUGUUCCCUGUUUUAUUACUGCCAGACGUUUUUCUCUCUCAUUAAGGAUCCAGGAGAGAAACAGAAACAGAGAGGACGAGGAGAGAGAGAGGAGACCUCAGCCACGGGAUUACUUCUUCUUGGACGCACUGGUGUGGACAAAGCAGAAGCAGAAAACACACACACACACACACACUUCAGUCAAGCUCUGUACCUCGUGGUCAGGCUUGCUUUUUCCCCCCCCUCUUCGCUGCAUUGGCAACUACAGCACUUGCCGUGCAGUGGCCAUGGGGCUGGCCGGCAGAGCCAUGGGGAUGCUGGGGGUCUCAAGAGGGGCAUUGCUCUUCUCUCUCUGGAGGAUAGCGCUGCUCUUUCUCUCCAUCUGGGAGCUGGAUGCACAAACCGCAGUGGAAACUAAACCCCUAUACAUCUGGCAAACAGGUCCAUGGGGCCGUUGUAUGGGCAGUGAGUGUGGUCCUGGCGGCAGCCAGAGCAGGGCGGUAUGGUGUGCCCACUCUGAAGGCUGGACCACCCUGCACACCAACUGUGACCAGACAGAACGGCCGGACAACCAGCAGAGCUGUUUCAGAGUGUGUGAUUGGCACAAGGAUCUGUACGACUGGCAGCUGGGUGCCUGGAACCAGUGUGUUCCGGUGUCGAUGCGCAGUGCCGGUGUCCAGCGGCCGGCUGUGUGUACCCGAGGAGAGGAGGGCAUUCAGACUCGCGAGGUGGGCUGCGUCCAGAAAGCGAAUGCCGAGCCUGCAGAGGAUGCAAUCUGCGAAUACUUUGAGCCUAAACCACGUCUAGAGCAGGCCUGUCUUAUUCCCUGUCCACGGGACUGUGUGGUGUCUGAGUUCAGCCCUUGGACUGCCUGUUCUAAAACCUGUGGAAUGGGUUUACAGAACCGGAUCCGCUUCGUUCUGGCUCCUCCACUGUUUGGUGGGUCAGCCUGCCCAAACCUGACUGAGUUUCAGACAUGCCAGCUAGGGCUCUGUGAUGGAGAGGAGAGUCUCUACAGCCUCAGGGUGGGACCCUGGGGACCCUGCUCUGUCCCAAUGUCAAGGCAAGCCAGACAUGUCGACAAACCACCAAGAGAGAGUGACAAACCCUCUAGGGAAAGUGAUAAACCUCCCAAAGAGAGUGACAAACAGUCCAGAGAAGGUGAAAAAACCUCCAAAGGGGGUGACAAACAACCCAGUGAGGGUCUCAAACAGCCCAGUGAAGGUGACAAACAGUCCAAAGGUGGGGACAGACAGGCCAGAGAGGGUGACAAACAGUCAAAAGGUGGGGACAAACAGGCCAGAGAGGGUGACAAACAGCACAAAGAGGGAGGCAAAAGAUCCAAAGAGGGUGAUAAACUGACCAGAGAUGGUGACAAACCAUCCAGACCCAACAGAAAAUUGGGCAGGGCACACAGGAAACCAGACAGGCCAUCGCGACAGGCAGACAGGCCCAAACGACAGAAAAAGGCUAAAAACAAAGAGAAAAGGGAGAAAAUGAGAGAGAAAGUCCGAGAGAGGUUAAGGGAGAGGGGUAAGGUGAAGGAUCCUGAGACCAGAGAACUCAUCAAGAAGAAGAGGAACAGGAACCGGCAGAACCGCCCAGGAGGAAAGUCCUGGGAUCUGCAGGUCGGCUACCAGACCAGAGAAGUGAACUGUGUGCAUAAGAAUGGCAACGUUGAGGCUCUCAGCCUGUGCUCUCAGGAGUCGUUGCCGGUGACCUUCCAGGCCUGCGUCAUGACCAAAGACUGCGACGUGACGGAGUGGUCUGAAUGGUCAGCUUGCUCCAAGGAGUGCUACGACCCCAACGGGCCCAAGGGGCAGCGCGCUCGCACUAGAAAAGUGAGCCAGUUUCCAAUUGGUGGAGGAGAAGGUUGUCCAGGGCUGGAGGAGAAGGAGCCCUGCAGCCCGGCGGGUGACGGAGUGCCACCGUGCAUUGUUUACAACUGGAAGACGACGGAGUGGACCGAGUGCAGGGUGGACGUGCUGCUGAGUCAACAGGACCGUCGGCGCGGAAACCAGACGGGGUUGUGCGGAGGCGGGGUUCAGACCCGUGACGUCUACUGCGUCCAGAGCAGCACUGAUACGCCGUCCAACCUGGGCUCGCUCAGGAGCAAAGAAGCAUUGCGUCCAAUGGACAGUGAUCUGUGUCUGGGUAUCCCUCUGAACACCACCCAACUCUGCCACAUCAGCUGUCCCGUUGAGUGUGAGGUGUCUUCGUGGGGAGCCUGGGGACCCUGCACCUAUGAGAACUGUCAGGACCAGGCAGCCAAAAAAGGCUUCAAAAUGAGGAAGAGGAAGAUCAUCAAUGAGCCGACAGGCGGGACGGGCAACUGCCCCCACCUGGUGGAGGCAAUACCGUGCGAAGACCCCAGCUGCUACGACUGGUUGGUGGUUAAACUGGAGGAGUGCAUACCUGAUAACGAGAAGGAGUGUGGACCAGGAACCCAGAACCCACAAGUGCAGUGCGUCAACAGUGAUGGUCAGUACGUAGAGAGGCAGCUCUGUCGUGAUGCCAUCCUGCCCAUGCCAGCCAUCUGUGAGGUGCCUUGCCCAAAGGACUGUGCCCUGAGUCCUUGGACCCCAUGGUCUCUGUGCUCCCAUACCUGUUCUGGAAAAAACACUGAGGGAAAGCAGACAAGAGCUCGCUCCAUCCUUGCCUAUAACGCAGGAGAAGGUGGAAUCCAGUGUCCCAACAUCAGUGCGCUGCAGGAGUUGAGGAACUGCAAUGACCAUCCGUGCACCGUGUACCACUGGCAGACGGGCUCGUGGGGGCAGUGCAUAGAGGACUCCUCCAUCCCGGCCACCAACACAUCUGCAGGGCGAGCACGUGGAGACGAUGCCUCCUGCUCAGUGGGGAUGCAAACCCGCAAGGUCAUCUGUGUGCGGGUCAACGUGGGCCAGGUUCCUCCAAAGAAGUGUCCGGAGAGUCUGCGCCCAGACACCGUCAGGCCCUGCUUACUGCCAUGCAAGAGAGACUGUAUCGUCACCCCGUACAGCGACUGGAGCCCCUGCCCAUCGACAUGUCAAGCAGGUGGUAACACCAAGAAGAAGCAGUACAGGAAACGUAUUGUCAUCCAGACACCGGCCAAUGGGGGACAAGACUGCCCCGAAGUGCUGAGUCAGGAGAGAGAGUGUGAGGCUCCAUCUGUCUGUCAGGGAUACAGAUGGAAAACCCACAAGUGGCGGCGAUGUCAGCUGGUUCCAUGGUCAGUUCGUCAGGACAGUCCCGGAGCUCAGGAGAUCUGUGGGCCGGGCAUGCAGGUUCGGGCUGUUUCAUGCCGGAAGCAGGAUGGUGGGCAGGCAGACGUUGAAGAGUGUCUUAAGUUUGCCAGCUCCAUGCCGCCUCUCACGCAGCCCUGCCAGCUGCCCUGCCAGGAAGACUGUCAGCUCAGCAGCUGGUCCAAGUUCUCCCCCUGCACAGCCGAUUGCGUGGGCGUCAGGACCCGCAAGAGGAUGCUAGUCGGUAAGAGCAAAAAGAGAGACCAGUGUAAAAACCACCAGAUGUAUCCCGUGAGCGAGACCCAGUACUGUCCAUGUAACAAAUACAACGCCCAACCUGUGGGCAAUUGGUCCGAUUGUGUCCUACCUGAGGGCGGCCGCAUGGAGGGUCAACUGGGCAUGAAGGUCCAAGGGGACAUCAAGGAGUGUGGCCAAGGAUAUCGUUACCAGGCCAUGGUGUGCUAUGACCAGGACAACCGCAUAGUGGAGACUUCUCGCUGUAACAGCCAUGGGUAUAUUGAGGAGGCUUGUAUUAUCCCUUGUCCGUCUGACUGCAAACUGAGCGAGUGGUCCAACUGGUCACGUUGCAGCAAGUCCUGCGGCAGUGGAGUCAAAGUUCGCUCCAAGUGGCUCAGAGAAAAACCCUACAACGGUGGGAGGCCGUGUCCUAAACUGGACCAUGUCAACCAGGCUCAGGUCUAUGAGGUGGUGCCUUGCCUCAGUGACUGCGGGCAGUAUGUCUGGGUGGCAGAGCCCUGGAGUGUUUGGAAGGUCAGCAAUGUGGACCUGAAGGAUAACUGUGGUGAAGGUGUUCAGACCAGGAAAGUCAGGUGUAUGCUGAACACCAUAGACGGGCCCUCCGAGCAGGUGGAGGACUACCUGUGUGAUCCAGAGGAGAUGCCUCUGGGGGCUCGCAAUAGCCGACUGCCAUGCCCCGAGGACUGUGUGUUGUCAGACUGGGGAUCUUGGAGCCCAUGUCGACUGCCAUGCAGUGGGAACAGUACUCGGGAGAGGACGGCUUACCCGCUCCGCCAGCCUGGAGAUGGGAAGGUGUGUCCUCCGACCAAAGAGACAGAGCCCUGCAAACAGAACAGCAACUGCUUCCAUUACUCCUACAACAUCACCGACUGGAGUACCUGUCAGCUCAGUGACAGAGCAGUGUGCGGAUAUGGCAUCAAAACACGAAUGCUGGACUGUGUGCGUAGCGACAGCAAAUCUGUUGACCUCAAGUUCUGCAAAGAGCUCGGCCUGGAGAAGAAGUGGCAAAUGAAUGCUUCCUGUGUUGUGGAAUGUCCCGUCAACUGUCAGCUGUCUGAUUGGUCACCGUGGUCUGAGUGCACCCACACCUGUGGGCUGGCAGGCAAGCUCUUGAGGAGGCGGACAGUGAUCCAGGCUCCCCAGGGUGACGGGAGGCCAUGUCCGUCCCAGAUGGAGCAGUGGAAGCCGUGCCUGGUGAAGCCUUGCUUCAGCUGGAGAUACAGUGCCUGGUCUGAGUGCAAGUCUGAGGGGGCGAGGUGUGGAGAAGGCCUGCGCUUCAGGAAUGUGUCGUGCUUUGUGUCCGACGGUUCGGGUCAGCACGACAGCAGUCUGGUAGAUGAUGAGCUGUGUGGAGAUCUCGAGCCUUCGGUGGACGGAGAUACACACAUCGUCCUGCAGGAGACCUGUACUGUCCCCUGUCCAGGAGAGUGCUACCUGACAGACUGGACUGUUUGGAGUCCGUGCCAGCUAAGCUGCGUCAGUGGGGAUGACCUGGGUUUUGGCUCAGUCCAGGUCCGAUCCCGAGCCGUGGUGGCCCAGGAUCCAGAGAACCUGUUGCAGUGUCCAGAACAGGAGCUGGAGGCUCGGCCGUGUACAGAGGGCCAGUGUUUUGAAUACAAGUGGAGGACCGGACCAUGGAGGGGGUCAUCUCGGCAAGUUUGGUGUCAGCGCUCAGACGGACUAAAUAUCACAGGUGGAUGCCCAGCGUUAACCAAACCGAUGGCUGACCGAUCCUGUGACCCGCCCUGCACCAAGCCACGCUCCCUGUGCACCGAGGCGGGAGUGUGCGGCUGUGAGGAAGGCUACACUGAAGUGAUGACAUCUGACGGCCUGUUGGACCAGUGUACAGUCAUCCCGGUGCUGGAGAUCCCGACCGCAGGUGACAACAAGGCCGACGUCAAGACCAUCAGAGCCUUCAGUCCCACUCAGCCUGAAGCCAGCACACCAGGCAGGGCGGGACGCACAUGGUUCCUGCAGCCCUUCGGCCCGGAUGGGAAGCUGAAGACCUGGGUGUAUGGAGUAGCAGCAGGAGCGUUCGUUCUGCUCGUCUUUAUAAUCUCCAUGACGUACUUAGCAUGCAAAAAGCCAAAGAGGCCACAACGACGGCAGAUGAACAACAGACUGAAGCCGCUGACUCUGGCCUACGACGGAGACGCCGACAUGUAGAAGUCUUCCUGCUGACCACACUAACCUACAGACAUUUGUCCUAUUGCGGGACACACAGGGUUUCUAUGGAAACCCCUUGAUGUCAGGGCUGCCUCUGGGCAUUGUUCAACCUACAGGUGGACACCCAGGGAAGAUGAUUCUGACAGAAAGAGAAACCUCAAAGAUCAAGACACUGAAUCCAUGUCAUUAGCAGCCUUGAUGUUUUUUCAGUUCUCUCUUCUUUCUUUUUUUAAAUUUAUUUCCAUUUUGAUACUUUGUUUCACAAGAGCCUUCAUGAAUUCUUUAUCUUCUUCUGGAAGUCUGCCUUUGCUUCUCUGCCAUCUAUUACUGCCGGUAACAUCCAAAAUCACAGUUGUUGGAGAGGGUCACCCCAAAACAAAACAAAAAAAAGGUUUUUGCUCUAAAAGCACAAAUCUUCAUUCAGUUUUCUUUCUGUUCAUUUUGCCACAGCUAAGUGGCAUAAUCUCUUUAGGACAUUAAGAACAUUCCUCUGUGUUAUUGUGGCCUCGGUCCAUCCAAGUAAAAAACCAGAGAACAGUGUAAUUCCCAGAACCACCAUCACUUCUGCCUGCCUCUCCCUUCUAUUUUUCAGGCAUAAUUUUUGCACUAUAUUAGUGCAGCAUGAUAUGUACUUAUGUCUAGCUUUGCCAUAGGAAACUGCCUCUCUCAAUACAAGAUGGUGUACAGUCUUGUGCUAGAAAUGUAAAAAAGUAGACUUUUUUUGCAAACAGGACUCACCAAUGUUUGUUAAUAUUUUUCUUCUAUUACCUCUUAUGUGUGAUACGAUGGGACGCAAUGUAAAUAGGAUUUUUUCUGUGUUCUCAACUUUACCUUUCUAGUGUGUACAGCUACACGUCCCAAACUCUGCCUGAGUUCAUUUAUUCUCUAACGAUUUUUUUGACUGUGGCUUAAGAUCAUGAUCUUUUACUUUUGUAAAUUAUUGAUACACAUUACCGUCAUCGACCGGGACUGCAGGAGAUACAUAGACACUCAUUCCAUUUUGAAACCUUUUAGCUGUGAUAUGAGAAAAAGAAAAAGUGGAAACAAAACCAGAAGAUGGAGGAUACUGUAACAUGGAGUCUUUGCUUCAAGUAUUCAGAUGUAUAAAGGCCUGUGAUAUUUGGGUUUGGAGAUUAAUUAACUAUGAAAAGUGAAGUCUGAGAUUAACUUACUUUCAUCCCCAAAAUUCUUAGAUUCUUAGUCCAAACUGUGUUACUUGAUUUCGUAAAAGUCUCAGUAUGCGUCAAACAAACUAGUUCACAUGAUGGCUGUCCAGACCACGUCUAAAAACAGAAGUGUUUAAAUCUGUUUUUAAAUGGCCACAUUUGCAGAGAGGGUAAAAGCCUGCUGUGCUCCUGCUGCUCUUCAAUCUAUCUCGAAGAACUCUUGGUCUUUUGUCGUUUUAGUCUAGAUGUGAUGGAUGGGGAUAACAGCACACAUCUUCCAACAGUCACGGUGUUGCGCUUGGUUGUGCAAACCGAAAGUGACAGAAGUAGUUAUAUGAAAAAUGAAAAAGAGAGCUGAGAGAGAGAGAGCUGAGAGAGAGAGAGAGGGGUUCAAACGCCUACACACCUGGCUGAUGGAUGGAUAAAUUUGGGUGAGCUUGUUGGAUUGUCAGUUUUGGAAAGUUGCGACAUAUCUGUACCAAUUCUGACAUUGCAAAGCAGGUUUCAGACAAUCUGACUAAGGACUAAGCUUGAAGCACACUAAGGCCUUAACGGUGCCAGGCAGAACUGCUUAUCGGAUGGUCAAACACCUUCUUAAACCUCCUCCCAGACAUGUUUCCAAUGUCCGACAAUUUAUGUAACUUUCUAAAACGAACAAUGUGACAGUCCCACACUUCAGUCUCUCUUGAACUAUUUCUGUUACUUUUCAUGUGUACAACAGAGGACAUAACUAUGACAUUUCCUCUUACAUAUUCCUCCUCUCAAUGACGGUCAACGACUAGUUAUUUUCUCGCAUAACGUGGCUCUGAGAGUUUAGUGAGUCUGAUGGACUGAAUGAAACUCUUCUGUUCUCAAGGCUCCUCCAAAUUCUGUAAAUGUAAACAUUUUAUUUAUUUAUUUUUUUUACAAAUUUGGAGGAUCGCAGGGUAUUCCCAUCAAAUAUCUUACAUUGACCUGGUGCUUUGGUCUCUAGUCGUCCAACAUUUCUUUAAUGGAGUUUCCCAAUGUAAACUUGGGUAUCAUGAAACCCGCAUGAGUGUAUCCUCUGUAUUUAUACUUUGCUGGGCAUUUCAAGGCACCUUCAAGGUGUUAGAGUUAAAUUUCUUUUGACAAGGAGUGCACAAAUUAACCAUCAGUUUUGGUCUCAGGAACAUCUUUCCACCAUCUAGAGGAAGACUAGACCGUCUAAUUUGAAGAGGUUCAGUCUUAACCCUCAUUCCUUGAAGAUUCUUUAAUGUCACCUUGAAUAAAGGGUUUAUGAAUUACAACUAAUGGCUUUAUUAAUAUGUUUAAUAGAUCCCUUUAUCCUUUUUGAGCCAUCCAGCUAUCCAGUUUGGAUUUAGGUUAUUAAUCUGUUAUUGUUAACCCAACAGGUCGUCAAGAGACAGAACAAUCCAGUCUAAUGUUGUAUGCUGUAGUACACCAGGAUACAAA